UCUCUCUCUAUCUUUGUGUUGUGUCUGUAAAUUUUAAAGGUUUGUUAUUUUUUGUAUAGAAAAAAAUCAGAUGCUGAGAUUUUCUUGAAUUAUUCUUUUCUUAUUAUAUACACAGACACAGACACACAGACACACACACACAGACACAAAGCUCGAAACACACACACAGACACACACACACAGACACACACACACAGACACAAAGCUCGAAACACACACAGACAGACACACAGACACACACACACAGACACAAAGCUCGAAACACACACACAGACACACACACAGACACACACACACAGACACACACAGACACAAAGCUCGACACAGACACACACCAGCUGGCCUGUGUUUAUUAUUAAAGCGUAUAUAAUUUUAGCAUGUUUGUUUUAUUAUGUGGUUAAUAAUAUAAAGUCUUUAACUUCUGAUUGUUCACUCAAGCGAAGUUAUUAUGGUCAAGUGGGAGAUGAGAUGGUGGGCGGGGCUUAAGAGGAAAGUCUAGCGGUUCGGUGACGUCACUGUGUCCUAUAGCCUAUAAAGCGGCGAUGGACGACGCUCGAACCGUAAGUGUGCGCGUGCAUGUGCUGAGUCGACAUGUCCCGGCUACUGAUCCCGGUGCUUCUGUGCGGCGUGUGCGUGUGUGCGCGCGCGGUACAACCGCGGGACUACGGAGUGAAGCUGUGCGGUAGAGAGUUUAUACGUGCCGUGAUCUUCACCUGCGGGGGGUCGCGGUGGAGAAGAGACAACGUGCUGGAGUUACCGGGACUGGAUCCGAACCUGCUCCUUUCUUUCCAAAGCUCAUCAGAUGGCGACAAGCAACUCAACUGGAUAAAAGACACUGAUGCAGCUCCUGACAAACUAUCCUCCAUUCUUUCCUCCUCUUUCUCCUCCUCCUCCUCUCUCAGUGACCUCCUCCGGGCCACAGAAGUUCAGAGGAGCAUCGGAGAUGAGUCGAAACUGUCUGAGGAGGUGCAGAGAAGCUGGCUGGACAUGCUCUUCUCCUCCAGGCCACUAGGGGGCGAACACAUAAGGAGUUUAGACCUUGGCUGGCUUCGUGAGGACCGGAGGAGGCGCAACUACUCCCUCGGCCUGGCAGGGCUCUGCUGCAAUCAGGGCUGCACCAAGAACGACAUCGGACGCCUGUGCUGAGGAUGGAGGGAUGAAGUAGACGAGUGCGGUUCCAAACCUUUUACACACAGACCUCUUAAUGCUGCUCCAGAAAUGUCCAGUUUGUAAUAUAUUGUGUAUGAUGCAAGAGUAUAAAUAAACAAAAAAAAAUAAAUAAAGAUUAUUGUCAAAGAGCCAAAUGACUGACAUUCCAAGGUUUAUAAACAAUUUUGCUGA